AGGCCGGGCGGUCCCGGCCCGUCCCAUUCCAUCCCAUCCCAUUCCGUCCCCGUGCCGUCCCAUUCCAUCCCAUCCCAUCCCAUUCCGUCCCCGUCCUGUCCGGGAUGGCCGCCAUCGCUCGGGCCCCCGCUGGCCGAGGGCAGGGACACGGCAGGACCAUCCCGGCCGGGCUCGGGGUGGUGGACACGGAGCUGGAGGCGGCCGGGAGAGCCCCGUGGGGCCCGGGCAGGUUCCUGAAGGGGCGCGAUGGACUCGCCCGUGGCAGCCGGCAGGGCCCGGCGCUGGCAAGCACCGCGAAUGCACACGGAGCCCACGCGCGCUCCAGCUCCGUCCUCAGCAAAGUGGCUCAGCUGGAAAGCAAGAUCAUGAGCCGGAAAAAGCAGCUGGAAUCGCAGAACACUGACCCGGGCCUGAAGCUUCUGCAGGAAGAGUCCUCCUCAUCAUCAUCCUCCUCCUCUGCCUCAGGGCACGAACGCCGUGCCAGGGGCAAGAAGUACCUGAAGAAUUGUGGGACCCGCAGGGAUGGGGGUUCUGAGGGAGAGGAAAGCACCCAAAGCCCUAAAAGGAGCGUUCAGGUUAAACAACAGCUGGACCUGGAUAGCGAUGAAGAGGAAAUGAGAGAACUGAUGGAGAGCUCCUUGGGGUUUCCCAGUGGAAAUGGGAGUCAGAAGCUGGUGGUAGAUCGAAAGAACAAGACUCCAGUUGCAUCAGGAAGGCCUCCUCUGUCUCAUAAGGAAAUUGCACCAACAGAGACACCUAAAACAUCUUCUUUUCACAACAAAGACUCACAGGAAAGUGUUUUUAGUGGAGUUAAUUCACCAGCACCUUCACCCAGCAGCAGAAACCUGUCAGGACAUACCAGGAGAUCUUCCACGAAAGACAACACUGUCAAGGUUGCUCUGCCUAAAAGAGGCUCCACCAAACAAAGCCAGGAAUCUCUUGGAAGUGACAGAAGUGAAAUAAAAUCAUUAGAUGAAUUAUUCUCAGAUGCAGAAGAUCCAACCAGCAGCAGCUCAAAUGAUUUCAGGCUGAAUAUCCUGAGCCUCGAUGAUUUGGCCCCCGAUAUCCCCACUGAGGCAGCAGAAUUAAAGCAGAAGGGGAAAGACACUGGAAUGACUCAAGAAUCAAACAAAGAUGUGAUAAUGGAAGAGGAGCAAGGUUCUUCUGAACUGCCCAACACAGCAACUGGUGGGGAUGCUGGAAAAAGUGUCACUGAAGCCGAAAUCUCUGAGCACUUAAGUGGAGCUUCCACAGAUCCCAAACAGGAUUCUCUUGAUGAGGAUGAGAGAACUCUUAAUUCAGAAUACUCUGAAGACUUUGAAAGCUCUCUGUCUCCAGCAGACAGGCCCUCUGUGUCUGGAGGGACAGAGGGACACCCUGAGGGACACCCAACCUCAGCCUCGUCCCCGCUGGGCACCCGGGAGCGCCACAAACGAGGGCACCGAGUGACUGUGAGGGAAACUGGGGUUCAGACAGCAGAGCCCCCCUUCUCCUACUGCUGGGCAAAGGCAAACCCCUCUGCAGUGCUGAGCCCGCCUGUAGGAACCGGCUACGUCGACCCAGUGCCUAUCGCCAGUCACGUCAUCAGCACGGAUGCAGUAGAAGCCCUGACUGCCUACAGCCCCUCUGUGCUCGCCCUGCACUCCAUGUGCAAGCAGCACCUGCUGCUGACCCAGCGCUUUGUGGAGAACGUUCAGCACCUUCACUCGGCCCUGGUGGAGUCCUUGGAGCACGAGAAGUUCCACUACCACAGCCUGGAGGAGGCCAAGGAGUACAUCAAGAAUCACAAAUCCCCACCUCUAACACUUGAACAAGCCCUUGAAGAGAUUCAGAGAGCACAGGAGGAGUAACUUGCUUUGACUCUUUGAACUUGAACUUCUAUAUUUACAGCUCUAAGGCUGGAGCAAGAAACCCUUUCAACUUGCACAGAUAAAAAGUGAAUACACUGUGAACUGGAGGGAUUUGUACAAACUGCUAAUUAGGAUAUAUAAUUUACUUUUCUAUGCCUGACUUUUUUCCUCAUGUACAUGAUACAGGGAUAGGCAGGAACCUUCAGCCAGACUGUACCAGUAAAAAAACCAGCAAAACACUUCUCUCUAAAGGAACUGUGGUAAGUCAGCAGGGGUACAUGUUUAUGGUGUGGAGUGUGAGAUCUGUGAUCACAUCUGUGAUUGUGGUAGAAGUGAAAGUCUGUAACUGCAGCCCCUGAGCAAUGUAACCACAGCAGAAAAUUACCAUAUCCUGACUUCAGUGCCAUUAUCUGAACAGUGUUUCUACAGAAUCAGCCUUGUCAGAUUACAACCAACCCAAAACACACCCAAAGUUCAAAUAAAUUCAAGGAAGGCUUCUAGUCAAGGUACAGGAAUCCAUUUACUCCGAAAUCUGAGCUGCCAUUUCAUUUUUUUAUUUAAAAAAAAAAAAAAAAAAAAGGUGUUUAUUGGAAGGCAAAACAAUAAAACUUCACAAGUUGGUAACAUA